GACGACCUGCCGAUGCACCCGCAAGUGCUACGCUCGCUGCAGAAGUUUGCGCGAAUGAGUCUCGUUCAGCUCAAGACGCUGCCGUACGCGCUAAACGGCUUCGACGUCUGUUGCGAAGCGCCUACCGGUUCGGGAAAGACGCUGUGCUUCGUACUGCCGAUUCUCGAGAGCAUGCUGGAUGCACAGUGGACGCGCGACGCAGGCACUUUCGCUCUGCUGCUGGCUCCAACGCGCGAGCUCACUACGCAAAUCUUCAACGUGUUCCGCGACUUCAACACGCUGGAUGUGAGUCUCAUGGCAGUAUACGGCGGCAAGUUUUUUCGUAAAGAAGCCGCUUUCUUAAAAGGAAUGGGCAUCGUGGUAGGCACGCCGGGUCGCGUGAUCGCGCACCUCGAGAAGUCGUACAACCUGGACGUCUCGCGACUGAAGUAUCUCGUGCUAGACGAGGCGGACAAGCUGAUCGAGGUUGGCUUUCAGUCGACCAUCAUGGACAUCGUGUCGCACUUGCCGCCGAAAGAGGAUCGCGUGAAUCUGAUGUUCAGCGCAACACUGCGAGGCUCGGUCUCCGCGCUGAUCAAACAGCUCUGUCGCGAUGACUGCAUCAAAUCUGUAUACUGCCUCCCGAGCGCUUCGGAGCAACUCGCAGUGAACAGCAGCGUGCGUCACGCGUUCGUCGUCAUCCCGCUGGAGCACAAGCUCAACUACUUGCUGCAGUUGCUGCAAAAACACUCGCAGCAAAAGUGUCUGAUUUUCUGCUCGACUGUGAAACAGGUGCGGUACUUGUUUGAGAUUGUGACUCGGCUGCGGACUGGCGCGAAGAUUUACGAAUUGCAAGGCUCGAUGAGUCAGGCAAAGCGCAUCACGAUCUACUCUGAGUUCAUGAACAAGACGAAGAGCGCGCUACUCAUCACAACGGACUUAAUCGGCCGCGGAAUCGACUUCACCGCGGUCGACCUCGUAAUCCAGCUGGACUGUCCGGAGAACGAGAAGACUUAUACGCACCGAGCUGGCCGCACCGCGCGCGGCCUCAACUACUCGGGCGACAACGUACUCCUUCUGCUGCCCUCCGAGACGCAGUUUACAGCCAAACUUGCAAGACACGGAUGUGUUUGA